UUUAUUGUGGGUUGCGUGUUUAUGGAUCGAUGUGGGUGGCCAUGACAUGGAUGGAUGGGUGUUUACUUUUUGCCAAUCUUUUAAAUCUCAACCAUCAAAUUCAUACUCCGGACUGUCCUCGUAAAAUCAUUGUUUCUUUGUACUUCAUCUCGUCUUUAGGAUCCCUUCAUAGCUCAUCCAACAAGAUUACAGAUCACAGAUCACAGAUCACCGAUUACAGAUCACCGAUUCCUGACUCACCAUCAUCUCAUUUGAUAUCUGCAUUGUCCUAUCAGUGCCCAGGAACUGAUAAGCCUUGCCAACUUACCGAUACUCGUAUCAAAAUUAUAAGACCACACGCUUCUGGAUAACUCUUGACUCUCUUAUCAAGACUUUACCUCACCUCACCCCAUUCAUGCAUCGUUGUGAAGUAUCAAAGUCAAUAUCAAAAUCAACUUGCUUCUCAGUAUUAUCAAGAACCCGUUGAAAGUCAUUCCUAUUCUUUGGUAAGAGUUCUUGGAGAAAGUGUUUAUCCAGUCCAGUCUCAAGAGAUUAUUUCAGUUAGAAUCAGGUACGUACGAGCUUAUUAACAUUUCUAUCCGUUCUUCCCUUCUUCCCUUCUUUCCUCCUUUCCCAUUUCUUCAUUCCUUCAUUUCUUCCCCUCUCUACCGAUCUACCUAGUACCUACCUACCGUUACACAUUUAAUGUCGUCACUGCUCCUUCUCUUAUUCGUGUGAAUCAUUCUGGCAUCCUGGCAGUUUCCAAACCUGCCGUACGUUUCUUUUCUGCUCACUAGAUCCUUUACUUCGAGAAUGUCAAGAAUCCUCCAUGGUCAUUUCACUUAACUGUCUACUUGUACUCAUUCUUUCGCGGACUAUUCCUUUUCGCUGCCCCUCACAAUACUUCCUUAUCUUCAAACCCCUUGAAAGCAGUGGUAACUCCUCUUUCUUAAGAUCCGAAAAAGGUUAAAUCUUUAUUGAACACCGGUAAUGACAGCUUGCAGAAUACUAGGACGAAAUGGCGGACACGAAGACUUCGGUUGUCAUCAAAUAUUCCAAGCCGGGAGCUGCCCCACCGAUAUAUCUUGCUGGUUCGUUUCCUGAAUCAGUAUGGCAGCCCCAGGAAAUGGAUUAUACCAAUGAUUCGGAUCAUUAUGUAUUCUCCAAGGCAGUCGAGGUGGAAGAGGGAAAAGAAUAUCAAUAUAAAUUCAGGAUUGGCAAUGGGGAUUGGUGGAUGUCGGACGAAGAUGCACCAACUGGUAGGUUGAUUAUCUUCAAUAUUUCUUGGAUCAAUACUCCCAAAUCACACCAAUUUCUAUCUCGUUUGCAUUUGAUUGCCAUAUGGAAGCGAAAUUGCAAUUCACUGAUUCAUUUCAAUCUUGCAAUCGGGGAAAAAAAGAGAGUAUCUUAGGCAUCUAGCUAAUAUUCAAUUUCCUUCACAGUUACCGAUGAGGGUGGGAACCAGAAUAAUCUUCUCACAGUUCCUGUCAAACCUUCACCACCCAAAUCCACUUCCAACGAAAAAUCACAGGAAGAAAAUUCAACUCCUCGCACAAUACCUGAUUUUGACACGAAGCCCUCAACAAUGGAAACAGUAAUCGAGCCAACUCAGCAUACUGAGUCCGAGGAAAAGCUUUCUGAGAGCCCACAUCCAAAGGCAGAUACAUUAGCAACAGACUCUACGUUGGACCAUGGUGCCGAAGUUAAGCCAGAAAAAGCUGGAGAGACACAUGACGCAUCUACACCUGUUGCUGAAGUCGAUCAAGCAGUUGAGCCAGAAAGUGAACCUCCUGCGGAAAAGCUCGAUCUGUCAAGCGUGCCAGUCGAAGAGCUCGAAGUUUCUACUACUGGAAUUGAUGAACCUGAAAAGUUAGAAUCGCAUGCUCAUUCAGAAACUGAUAAUCUGAAGAACACAGAGGUUCAUGACUUGCAACCAAAUUCAUCAACUCAAGAAGCUAGUGAGGUAGCCAAGGAAUCUACUGCCAGCGAGAGCAAUGUGCUGGAACCUGAAGAAGUCACACAUAAAGACGAUGACGGACUCCAUGCCGAGACUGAAUUGAAGGAGGAUGAAGCUGUUAAACCAGGAGAAUCCAUUCCAAUGGCAUCUGAAAAAUCAGAUUUGAACGAAGAGCAAGCUGUUGGUGAGAGUGAAGUAAAAGAAGAGGCUGCUGCAAAUAAGGAUGAAGUCGUCGAACACCAAGAAGAUCCUGUCCAUAUUACGAGCAAGGAACCGGAAUCGGAGCAAGAACCACAUGCUAGUGAGGGUGAGGCAAAAGAAGACACUGUGCUUACUCACAUGGAAGAACCAACAUCAAAGCCAGAACAACAUGCUAGCAAGGGUGAGGCAAAGGAAGAAACUGGCUUGCCGGUUAGUGACACGAAGGUGGAGAAAGAGCUCACCCAUGAGCCCGAGAUAAGCACCACUGAAAUUCCCAUCUCACAUCCUCCGCUCGCCGAUGAAAGCACUGAAAAUGUAGCCGAGGAACCCGAGAAGGAAGAAUCCCAGAACCCUGAGGUUACCACUUCUAACGCAACCCCCGGCGAAAACAUUGAAGGUGCCGCAGAAAGCCUUAGCUCGGCUGAACAAGUGGUUGAAGAGAAAACUGAUGAUACACCUAAACAAGAGCACACGAUCUCGGAACCCAUUGUAAAUGAGGAACCAACCGAAGUCGAAGUUACCACCUCUGUCAGUACAAGUCAACAAGAUGUUAGCUCCAAAGCAAAUAAUGUGGACGGAACCUCCACAAUCGAACUACCAGCUGAUGAGGCGGUCGUACUACCAGAACCAAAUAAUGAGAUCAGGUCUGCCAGCGGAGAAAGUCAUGACCAGGAAGCUGUGGAACAUGAUGAAGUCAAUGAGCAUGUUGACAGCACCAAGAGCAUUGCAAAGGACGACGAGCAGUCCAACAUCUCAACUGAAGUUGUAUCGGCCCCCACGGUAACUGUCGAAAAGGUUGAUUCUGAACCGCGCCUUGGCGACGAUUUCGGAAGUACCGCAACAUUUGCUCAAAAGGAUGCACAUAAUUUACAUGCCCAGGAUGCCGUACCUGAUCAUGUCACCAUCAGACAGCAAUCCACUACACCAGACCUUGCUAACGUUGCUGCUGAGGUUGCAGACUCUGCUGCAUUACUUGAUGAAACACCACCGACUCCUCCCAUGUCUGAUAAAGAUGCUGGUAAGAUUGGUUAUAGACGUCUUUCGAAUACACCGAUUCCUGAAGUCGCAGACACUGCUGCUGAGGUUGCUGAUUCUGCAGCUCUCAUAGAUGAAAAUUAUAAAGUAAGUUGUGCAUAUCUGCUUGUGCUGUAAGUUUAUAGAUCACUAAUCUCAUUCGCAGCCCGAUGCAAUCGACCUGCCAAGCCCUCAGCCGGAUUCACUCUUACAAAGCUUCAGUGAAUUAGGUCGUGAUUUGGACAUUGAAACGCCAUUUGAGGAGCGGGCGCCACUUUUUGCACACGAGUGCAAUGGGCCUCCUACCACAGAAGAGCGGCUAGAGUACGAGAGUGCUCAAAAUCGAUCGGCGGCCCCAGAACCUUUGUUUCAAGAGUUUGAUCCAAAUGAUCCUAGCCUUGAGCCAUUUCCCAACAAUCUCAAUCAGAUACUGCAACAUGUGAGAAGACUCUCAAAUCAAUUGAGCGAAGACCAAACAGACCGUGAUGGAGCUCCCGUUACACCUGUUACAAAUGGCAAUAAUCAUACAAAUGGCGAUCUAGUAACACCAUCACCUCGAUCACUUGCGCAAGAAAGCUCUCCAUCUUUGCUUCCCAUCGUGGAAGAGAAUGCGGAGGGUGAACCGGAAUCCAAACUGACCGCUCUACCGCCUAGUGUGGAAAAAUCCCAAAGUGAUGGUAACAUAUCGGAUGAACAGAAGAUCGACUCAAGUGAUCAGAAGAGUGAAGUGAACGACGACAAGACUUCGGACGAGGCUGCUCAAGAACCAUCUCAGCUCCCAACCAUCACAACUCCUCGAAGCUCAUCGCCUCAGCCUCAAGCCAUUAAGCUUGCCCAAGCUUCCAGCAAGCUUCAUCCAGUCCUACCAGCUUUACCCUUAACACCUUUUGUCGAAAACAGAUCGCUUAAUCUCGCUGAAAGCUCCCAGGUUACUCCUAAUGCAGAAAUCGGCAAGGAUAGUCCAAGUAUUACGGUCCAACCGGCAACUCCAGCUGAGAAUGUGAAUGCAAAGGUCAAAAAUCCUGUUUCUGAAGAGAGUGCCGCCAAAACCACCUCGUUCGCGGAGGAGAAUGGUGAUUCUCAACUAAGAGCUCGUAAACAACCAACAUCUAGUGCACCUGACAGAUCCAUCACACCUUCUUCUAUGCGCUCGGCCGGAGAUGACGCCAAAUCUCGCAACUUCCUUCGAGCAUUCUUCCAAGUAGUAUUUGUGGAUUGGAUUGGAGGACUGAUUAGAAAAUUAUGUGGUGGCGGACGUCACACGUAAGGACAUCUUCCUUUGGACUUGAUCUUUUCCUUGUUCUUUACAUGAUACCCCUAAGUCUUUUAACCAUUUGGACUCGCAUCAAGCUGAUCGGUACCCUUAACAUGAUAAUUAGGCUUGUAGCCGUGCCCGCACUCCUCAUCGUCGUUACUGCACCCGUCCUGUACCUAUCUGGGUUGGCCAAUUUUGGGUUUGGUUCUUAGCUCGUCAACACAAUUGCUUGCUUGCAUCGAAUUAUGUUUCAUUUCGAGAAAUUGCUCUUUUUUUUUUGAAAUGGGCGGCGGAAAUAAUGCAGAGGUGAAUGGGUGAUGAAGGGAUGAAUGAAAUGGUAUUUGUUGAGGCAAUCAGUAAUUCAUUGGUGGUGGGUGGGUGGAUGGAUGGUGGUUCUUUCAAGGGGGUAUUUUACAACAUUGCAUUGUAUUGUACAAGUAUCCUUAAAUUCUUGAUGCUUUAGUACUUUUGGUAUUAGAGUAGUUUAGAAUCAAAAUGAAAAAUGAAAUACG